UCAUCUGACGUCACUGCCGCACCUGCGCAGCCAUCUUGUAUUCUAAGCGAUAGGGAGAGGGAAGAAAAAAGAAAAAUAAACCUGUCUGAGAAGAAGAUACAUUUUUAAAAGGCCCUUUGUAAAUACAUGUCUGUAAAACGUAAAUAAGGACAGGUGAAGAGAGUGUGAUAAGUAUAUUGUUAACUAGCUAUCUACCUAACCUGAACAUAUCGCGUCCAUUCGACUCAUUUGCUUCCAGCAGGAGAGAAAGAGAGGAACUGAGGAGACGAACCAUCGACUGAAAAAAAACUGAGUCUGACCGGAGACACGCCAUGAAUCCCGAAUAUGAUUAUCUAUUCAAGCUCCUCCUGAUUGGUGAUUCUGGUGUUGGCAAGUCCUGCCUCCUGCUUCGAUUUGCUGAUGACACCUACACAGAGAGCUACAUUAGUACCAUUGGGGUUGACUUCAAGAUCCGCACCAUUGAGCUGGAUGGCAAGACCAUCAAACUGCAGAUUUGGGACACAGCCGGCCAGGAGCGGUUCCGCACCAUCACCUCCAGCUACUACCGGGGAGCCCACGGCAUCAUCGUGGUGUACGACGUCACGGACCAGGAGUCCUACAACAACGUGAAGCAGUGGCUGCAGGAGAUCGAGCGCUACGCCAGCGAGAACGUCAACAAGCUGCUGGUGGGGAACAAGUGUGACCUCACCACCAAGAAGGUGGUGGACUACACCACCGCCAAGGAGUUUGCCGACUCCCUGUCCAUCCCCUUCCUGGAGACCAGCGCCAAGAACGCCACCAACGUGGAGCAGGCCUUCAUGACCAUGGCGGCGGAGAUCAAGAAGCGCAUGGGGCCGGGGGCCACGGCCGGCGGGGACAAGCCCAACCUGAAAUUCGACAGCACCCCCGUCAGGCAGUCCGGGGGGGGCUGCUGCUAGAGACUCUGCCCCUCACCAGCACAACCACCACCACCACCACCACCCCCCCCCCCCUUCGUCUGCCCUGGCCCGUCCUCUCCGCUCCCCCCCCUCCUCCUCCUCCUCCUACUCCUCCUCCUCUUCUCUCCCUCCUCCGCCCCCUUUCCUCUCCUGGAGAGAUUGGAGAGAGGAGUAUGAGUGGGAAAGGUCAUGGGUAAGGGCUCCUGACUUACCGGCCUGCCAUCUCCAUUUUGUCCCCCUAUACAGACUGAGAGAGAGAGGGAGGGAGGGAGGGAGUGAGAGAAAGGGAGGGAGGGAGGGAGUGAGAGAGAGACAUGGGAGGGUGCACAUUUCAGCCAUUUUUGUCUAGCUCCCCCACCCCAUUUUGGUCUAGCCCUCCUCUUUUUUACCGAGGGAAGAGAAGAAAUGCAUUGGACUUGGGAGAGGGGUGAUGCCAUAUAUUAGUUUCAAAUUCCGUUUUACAUAUCAUGCACACUUGUACACACACACACACAGCCUGCUAACUGACAUGCAUACAUUUUUGGGUGACAGCAAAUUAGCGUACAUGUCAUUCAGCUCAAAGAAAACGGUUGCAGAAGAAAUCGGCAAUAUUCAGCGUUCUCAUCAUGACCGUCAGGUUUUUAUCAUUAUUAUUAUUAUUAUUGCAGUUGUGAUGUUUUUUUUUAUUUCUGAUUUUUCUGAUUUGUUUUUAAAUCUGGAAUGCUUGUACUGCUCACAAAUAAGCUUGCAUAACCUGG